AUGACUGACGAUACAUUAUUUCAUUUGCCGGCAAUACUUGAAUUCAAUGACCUAGAACCAAAACAUCUUGUAAACUUUCCUACACCUACAGUUACAUUGACGGAAGCGUUUUAUACGAGUUUGGCUGAAGCUGUAGUACAGAACUUGCCUCAAGGAAGAAAAAAGCAACACAAUGAUCGAAGUAGCGGGUAUUCAGUGAAAGAAGUGGAAACUAAAAGUACUCAGACUGAAAGCAUGGAAGAUGGUCAUGUUUUGAGAGAUUCAGAUGAUUUGCUAAAACUAUUCAAGGACAAAAGAUUUCAAUAUGUGACACUGCGCACACCAUCUAAGGAUUUCGCUGUUCACAAAACCAUUCUUUGCGCGAGAUCUACAGUUUUCAACGCCAUGUUAGAAAAAAAUGCCGUAGUUGAUAUUGACGACGUACACAGUGACACUUUGUCUGUACUAUUGCAGUAUUUGUACCAGGAAUCGAUACAAAUCAAUGAUCUAGAAUGGGACGUAGUACUGAAGCUCUAUUAUGCAGCUGCUAAGUAUCAGAUAACACAGUUGAAGAGAGAUUGCUGUUCCUAUUUGAAGAAAAAUUCAACUGAUGAGAAUGUCUGCGAUCCUUCCAUUCUUGAGGACAUGGAACAAGAGUCAGAAAUUCAAGAAACAGUGCUAGAAAACAUUGCCUCGGAGGAAAGAGAAGUAACCUCGAAUGGAAGCUGGUGUUUUUAA